GGCUUGGGUGAUGUUCCUAUAGUAGUCAGCGGCUGGGCUGCGAUCUUGCCUUCAUUCAUUCUGAUCUUGUGGGCAGCGCCAUGCAGAGGAUCGCAGUGGUCACCGGAGCCAGCAGUGGCAUUGGCUCUGCCCUGUGUGAGCGCCUUCUCCAGGAAGAUGCCAGCCUCCUUCUGUGUCUAGCUUGCAGGAACAUGGAGAAGGCCAACACCACCCGCAAGAAGCUAUUGUCCUACUUUCCCCAUGCAGACAUCAGCGUCGUUCAAGUGGACGUGGGCAAGGUGGAAUCAGUCCUAAAUGCAGCCAAAGAGAUUAAGAAGAGGUUUCAGCAUGUGGAUUAUCUCUUCUUAAAUGCUGGGAUCAUGGUAAAUCCACGUAUCAGCCUCUCAGCUUUUGUGCAUGGACUUUUCUCGAGGCAAGCAGUUCGGAUGCUGACCACAGCAGAAGGCUUGAUGACCCAAGAGGACCGCGUCAGUCCAGACGGCCUUCAGGAAGUCUUUGAAACCAACCUUUUUGGGCAUUUCAUACUGAUCCGGCAGCUGGAAUCCUUGCUUACCUGUUCUGAAAGGCCCAGCCAGCUCAUUUGGACCUCCUCGAUCAGUGCCCGCAAGUCUAACUUCAGUCUGGAUGACUACCAGCAUUGCCAAGGCAAAGAGGCCUACAGCUCAUCUAAAUAUGCCACUGACCUUACCAGUGUGGCUUUGAACAGCCAUUUCAACAAACAGGGUCUGUAUUCCAGUGUUAUGUGUCCAGGAGUUGUGAUGACCAACAUGACCUAUGAAAUCAUGCCUGCUUUCAUCUGGAAGUUAUUUCUCCCCAUUAUGUGGCUGAUCCGCUUUUUCACCCACACUUACACAUUGACGCCCUACAAUGGAGCAGAAGCACAGGUUUGGCUAUUCAAGCAGAAGCCAGAGGUGCUGGACCCACUGGCAAAAUUUCACAGCUGUAUCACAUUCCUUGGGAAGAAAUAUGUUGAUAUCCGCAAGAUGGAUAUCGACAGAAGCCUGGCUGAGAAAUUUUACCAGAAGUUGUUGCAACUCGAGAAGGAACUUUUGGCGAAAUGUGGCAGCCCGGCACCUAAGCAAUAACUCAUUAAUGUCUCCUGUUGCCUAUCUUCAUGGCAGUGGGACAUUUUUCUUCUUGUUUGCAAAGCAAACCUCACUAAAAAAAUGACAUCAGGCUUUCCUGGGAAUGAUGAGAGGAACCAAAAAGACUUAAUAAUCUCUCCCUUCAGUAUCCCUCCCUCUCAGUGUCUUGAACUUUUUUACUGCUAUAUACAAACUGUCUUUCUAAUAAACUAGCUAUGCAUAACUGUUGGAAAAA